GAGCAUUUUUGAGUUGCAUGCUAGUUGUCGGAUGUGCUGAUGCAACAGCUUCCCCAGGAGACCCACGUGGGAAGCAUUGUAGAAGUGCAGACGGAUGACGCCUGGUAUGAGGCGACGCUGCUGUCCCUAUCUCGACCAGGAUGGGUGAUUGUGCAGCAAGGACAGCAAGAGCGUGAGGUGAGCAUGAACAAGGUACGUUUGGCCAUUAGAGACGAUGACGAAGAUUCAGACGACUCGUUCGUGCCGAAGCUGAAUGACGUUGUAGAGGUCCGCGUGCCCGGCUCCGGCACGAAGCCUGCGAUGAUCUUCACGGGCACCGUGCGCACGGCGAGGAAGCCCUUCUUUUUGGUGUCCGUGCGGGGCAAGAGCCGCAACAAUGACCUGCUCGUGAAGGCGGAGGACAUGCGAGCACCUGCACAGACCAGGCUGCUCAGCACCUUCACAUUGCAAGAAGACGUCUUUGAUUUGCCAACAGGCCUUGUGAACGUGGAUGACACAGAGGAGGACCGCGAGGUGUUCAGAGAAUGGCUUCGCCAGUUUCAGCAGCAGAGCAAAGUCUUGGAGCUACGCCUGCGGAUUGAUGAGACGGCGCAGCUGAAACUCGUGGCUGAGAGGAGCCGCAUGGCGUUGGCUUCCAGGCUGCUCUCCAGCAUCCACAUGCGGAACUGGCGACACAUCGCCAGGAAGCGCAACGCUCUGCGGGAAAUGGCUUCCCGACUCUCCUGUGUGGAAGGCUGCUCCGUGGAGGAGGGCACCCGGGUGGACUUCCAGAUCGAUGCGGAAGUCAUGAAGCAGCUUCUCCAGAAGCCUCAGGAGUUGCAACAAGUGGAGGAUCAGCUGAAGGUCUCCAUUCAGGUGGGCAGGCGGGAGAAUGUGGGCCACCCGGUGCGCAUCACUGGCAAAGAUCCUGUCGCAGUUGCAACUGCUCACAGGAACUUGGCAUAUGCCAAAAAGAUGGUCGACCUGCCUCAUCAGAACGUGGGGUACAUCCUGGGCAAGAAUCUUGCAAACAUCCACGAGAUUGCCGCGAAGGCGGGCUUGCUGAGCAUGCGCUAUGACCAGCAAUCCCAGGCCUUGCAGUUGAUGGGUCUCCCGGAACAAAUGGAGUCCGCAGAGCUCUUGAUCCAGGCCCACCUCGACUACCUGCAGGUCUACCAAGACAUGAAGCAGGAGCACGGCGCUCUUACCCAGUCAUUUCAGGCCUUGGACCACGAGGCCAAGCGCAAGACCCGGCCGCGGCAGUACCGGGCGCGCACGCCGCCGCCCACAGCGCGGAUGAUCGCCAUGGGGCGGCUCCACAAGCCCCAGCCCCCCAAGGUCGAAACUGACCAUGACUGGCGUGGGAGCCGAAAUCGUGUGAACAGCCGCCCUGCGCGAGAGAGGGAGGAGGAGGAUGACGAGGAGCUUUUGCCAGAGCUGGUGCCGGAUUCUCCACAGGUGCCCCACCGGGACAACACCCCCGAGUUGGAGGAAGACUCCGACGAGGGCGUGCCGGCGUUUCUCUUCGGCGCAUCCGGCCGCCAGGCAGAAGCCCGAGAGGAUGGCUAGG